CAACAGAAAGCAACACACAUUUUUCUGUUUUUAUGUUCACACUCACACACACUGCUUCUGGUUUCUGAUUCCCCUUGUAUAAAAACGCAACCUUUUUGCUCCUCCUUUCUCUUCUUCUCACUCUCCGUGUGUUAUUUCCCUUUUCCCUUUUCAAUAAAAACCACCUUCCGUUAUUAGGGUUUGAAAUGUGGAGGGAGAAUGGAAGGCUCUGAAUCCGAUUCUGCAGCACUUUCCAAUUCCAAUGGCGCAGAGCCCCAAUUGGAGGCUCCUUCUUCCCCCGUCGCUCAUCCUGAGCCGUCAGAUCUCAAUCACGCGGCUGAGGAAGACCCACUCGCUGGGGAGCUUCAGACUAAGUUGGAUUUGAAGGGUGGGGACGAAGGUGAGGAGAAAGUUUCGAACUUUAACGAUGGUGGAGGAGUUUGUGACGAAGAAACUGCUAAGGGUGAUGGAGAUAGUAGGGGUUGGGAGACUAAUAGUUGGAAUGAGGAAGUGGGUGUUGAUGUUGAUGUUGAGGGUGAUGGUGAUGGUGAUGUGGAUGUUCAUGAUGAUGACGAUGAUGGUGAUGGAGUGGAAAAGAAGGAAGAGAAAAGCAGUGGUGGAACUCACCAGUACCCUUUGAGGCCUGAAGCUGAAGAUUGUGCAUUUUAUAUGAAAACUGGGAAUUGCAAGUUUGGGUUUAACUGCAAGUUUAAUCACCCCAUUAGGAGGAAAAGCCAGGCUACUAAAGAGAAGGCUGGAGAAAGAGAAGAACCUACAGAUAGAUCGGGAAUGACAGAAUGCAAGUAUUAUCAAAGGUCUGGGGGUUGUAAGUUUGGAAAAUCUUGUAAAUACAACCACACAAGAGGAAAAUUUUCAACAACGCCAGUUUUAGAACUCAACUUUCUUGGUCUGCCUAUUCGUCCGGGAGAGAGAGAGUGCCCCUAUUACAUGCGCACUGGCUCUUGUAAGUUUGGAGCAAACUGCAAGUUCAACCAUCCUGAUCCUACAGCUGGUGGAGGAUGUGAUCCUCCUUCAGGGUAUGGUAAUGGAGGGUCUAUUUCAUUACAAGGUGUAUCACAACCGUCCUGGUCUUCUUCAAGAACAUUAAAUGAAGCAACUCCUUUUGUGCCAAUGAUGCUUUCACCUACUCAGGGAGUUUCUACCCAAAGUUCUGAUUGGAAUGGAUAUCAGGCACCUGUCUACUUACCUGAGAGGAGCAUGCAUCCACCUUCUACGUUUGUCAUGAACAACCCAACAAUCGAUACAAAUGUUUACAUGCCCCAUCCCCAUCAAAAGCAAGUGCUUGCUGAAGAGUUUCCAGAACGGCCUGGUGAACCUGAAUGCAACUUCUUCUUAAAAACUGGGGAUUGCAAGUUCAAAUCUAAUUGUAAAUUUCACCAUCCAAAGAAUAGGAUUGCAAGAUUACCUCCAUGCAACCUCAGUGACAAGGGUCUGCCUCUGAGACCUGAUCAAAGUGUUUGCUCACACUACAGUCGCUAUGGAAUAUGCAAAUUUGGACCAGCUUGUAAGUAUGACCAUCCCAUAAACUUGCAGCCCUUGAUGCCUGAACUUGGUCAGCAAUCCUACUCAAACUCGGCUAGUGUUGAGGUGGCUGGGAUAGGUGGAAGUGCAGUUACAACUGACGCAACAAUUCAGCAAUCUGUGUAAACAUGUUUGUCUGAGGAUCUUCUAGCUUUGAGGAUGCAUAUCACCCAAAAUUUGUAGUUUUCUUCUUAAACAUGAUAAAUUUAUUUAACUUUUCCUAGCACUGUCCAAUGUGACACAAGCUUUGCAAAGAAUAGCAACAUAUGUAUGUCAAACAGUUUUUAUGUAUUUAUUACAACAUCUGCAUAUGUAGAUUAUCUUUUCUUGUUCGUUUUCUCUCA